AUGGCCGCUACAGACUCUGUGCUUCUUUUCGAUGCCGGAGCGGCCACAGCUCAAGGGGGCCGAAUGUCUCAAGAAGAUCGUUUUGUGAUCAUGUUGCCCGACCAGUUCCCGCCACUAACAACGACGGACAAGCUCGCUCUGUUUGCGACAUAUGAUGGGCAUGGCUCUGCAGCAGUGUCCGAACACGUCAGGCAAAGUCUACCGGCUCUGCUAAUCAAAAGGCCCGAAUUUACCAAAGGUGACUACGAGACUGCAAUCAUUCGAGCAUUCGAGGACGAAGAUCAGCUCCUCCUACAAAUGGCCAUGGAAGAUGAUACCGAGCCCGUAAUCGCAGGCUCGACUGUAGCGCUGUGCCUAGUCAAUAUGACCAAGGGAUUGAUGGUUGUUGGGAACGUGGGUGACUCUCAUAUCUUUCUCGCCAGACGAGACCCAGCUACGGAGACUGUAACAUGGCAGGACCGCUUGACCAGGGAACACAAACCCCAUGAUCCGGCAGAGAAAAGCCGCAUCGAGGAGGCUGGUGGUGCAGUGCAUACUUAUGGAGGGACUGCUCGACUCGGAACCCUAAACAUGUCCCGAGCCCUAGGCGACCUCCAAUACAAAAACCCAAUCAACAACCUCGACGUCGCAGGCACGAAAAAGAGCAGACGCGCAAUUGCAAGCGGAUCAAGGGCACAACAUCCUCGGAACCGCGGAAAUUUCAUAUCCAAUGAAGCAGACGUGCAAACCGUCCAGCUGGACCAGGACAGUCGAUAUAUGCUGCUGUGCUGUACAGAUGGCGUAACGGACGUUACGGAUGAGACGAUGCUUGUAGAGGAGGUUGCGAAGGACUUUAUGAGAGGUCGAAGAGCGACUGAUAUUGCGAAGAGAGUUACGAAGGCGACUGCUGAGCAGCCGCAGAGUGAUAAUUGUACUUGCGUGAUUGCGUUUUUUGAUGGAACGGCGUCCACAAGAUUGGAAGCUUGA